AUUUGUUUAGAUUUGGAAAAAUGAACAAGAAAGAAUAAAACUUCUCAGAUUUGUGAUGUUUAAUCGCAAAAAUAUCACAAAACCGCGACUAGAUCUCUGUCUGUGAUGACCUAUGUGCACUAAGGUGUCAAGCUGAAUCUUCAACAUGGCACACUGGCCUCCCAGUCAGUUUGAAACACAUAGAAAAACUCAACAUGAAACUGCGAACGGUAUGCAUCGCCCGCCACCAGGGCAUCAUCCAGGUCACCACCCUCACCCACCUGUGAAGCGGAGAAACUACAAAUUGCUCAGUGAUCCAGAAAUCAAGGGAAAAGCUGCUGAAAAAAUAUACAGAUUUGAAGGAGUGGUUCCUGGGGAAACAAAUUCUGUGAUAGUUACUGAUCCCCGGCCGAGGUUAAACAGAUUUUUCAAUAAACGACAAACCAUUGAUCUUCCUGUACCAAAGUUUGUGUAUGAUGAGAACUACGUUGGAGUCAUACCUCCUAAAGAAGUAACAUUUACUAAUCUUAACGAUAACAUCAAGAAAUCGUUCCUGGAAGAUAUGGUGCAAGGACUUGGAAAAAUUGAGGAAGUUAAAAUAUAUUUUCAUCCGAAAAAAGUCACAAAACACUUAGGUGUUGGAAAGGUGAUGUUUGAAUCAACUAAAUCUGCCAGGAUGUGUGUGGAGAAGUUUGACCAAACAUCUAAGAUGGGUAACAUAAUGACAGUCUUCCUUGAUACAAUGGGCAAAGAGAGGCAAAAAAUUAUUCAGUCUUUGAUAGCCGAUAAACCACAAGUUGAACCGCCCAUGCCCAAAAAAUCUAAGGACAAAUCAGACCCAUGGGGUUCCAGUUUUACAAUACCGAAACGCAAUGAUUUUAAUCGGCCAAGUAGCAUGGACCCUCAGGGAAGGAUUGACUCGAAAGUGCCAUCAUUGCUGGAUGCUAGAUAUGGCGGUAGCCAAUCAGAAUUAAACAUUACUUCGAAUCAAGACAGUUACUCAAAUCAAAGCUUUCCAGAUAAUUACAGCCAGAAUUCGGGAAGUUUCAACUAUAGUAGUUCAGAGUCAAGUCAAAGAGAGCACCCCAGAGACUACCGUGGAGAUUCAGCAUUUGAGAAAAGUUCACAUAGAGAUCGUCAUCGUCACCGUGGUGAUGAUGACCGUCGUAGAGGGUCACGUGAUUCACGUGACUCUCGAGAUGCACGUCAUCAUCGCAAGGAUUCACAUAGGCAUAAACGAGAUCGGGAAUAUGAGCGAGAUUCCCGUAAACGUCGUGACUCACGUGGAGAAUCAGAUCGUGAUAGUGAUAAACACCGUCAUCGUGAUAGGGAUAAGCCCCGCGAGAAGCCUGAAGAAAAACCUCCAGAGCCUGAACCUGAGACUGAUAACAGUAGGACCCUUAGUCUGGAGUCCAGGAUAGAGCAACUGCUACGUCAGUCUAAAGAAUACACAGCAAUGCGGAGACAAAGCUCAGAAUCAACAUCUCAGGAAUCCAAUCCCCCCAUCCCGACUGAAGAACCUCCCAACCCAUUUUAUGAAGAUGCUGCUCCACCUUUGCCAUCCCAGGAUCCCCAUGAUGCCUCGGGGGCACCCCCUUUACCACCCCUUCCUCCUGAGGCUGAAGAAUUUAUGCCUCCACCCCCAGGGGAGGAAUUGAAUUACUCCGACCAGACAGGUACUCCAUCUAUAGACACUUAUGCAAACUAUUCUAAUAUUGUACGAUUAAAAAAUGGAAUUCAUGAUGAAUUAGAAAUGAAUUAUCCAAUGGGGGAGCCCCCUCCACCUGGGAUUGAACCCAUGCCACCAGGUAUGAGACGGGAAUUUCCACGGCAAUUUUCAAAUAGGGACGAAGAUGGAAUGAGCCUAUGUUCCAGUAGUGGAGAUGAAGGGGGAGAAAAAAGGGUGCGACAUAAACCUAAAGAGCAGUCUAUGGCAUCAGUUGUUGGAGACUUUAUGAAAUCACAGGGAUAUAAUGAGCAAUACAUGCAAAACAUGUACAAUAAUUUUAACCAUACUGAACAAAAUAAUUAUGACUCUGAGGAACUGGAAAACGUAAAAGCUGAUGAUUCAGCAUUCCUUACAGUCUUGGAUCAGAUCACGUCUGAACUGAAAAGUGUCGUCAUGAAGGAUUUGACGAAGAAAAUGGUGCAGUCUUCCGCUUUUAAAUCCUUCGAGUCAUGGUGGGAUGUGGAAGAUAAUAAGAAUAAGCCUCAGAAACUUAUGGGACCACCUGUGUCAUCCUCAGACAAGCCUGCCACAACUAAACCAACCAUAGCAGAUCCCCUCAGUUCAUCGAUCGCCUCACUGUUUGAAACAAGAAGCCCUUGGAGUCAAGAAGGAGGUCCCUUAGGACCAGGUGGAUUUGGACCCCAAGCUGGUGGAUUCCUGGGUAUUAGAGGGGGUAUGGGUAUGCCAAAGCUGCCUUCUUUUAGGAAAAAGUUCAUUGCUCCAUCACCAAGCAAAGAAUUAGAAGAAGAAUCAGAUGAAGAUUCAGAUAAGUCUGAAUCUGAGAGUGACCUUGACAUUGAUGAGAAAGAUGUCGCUAAACGUAAGAAGGCCAUCUAUACCAGUAGUGAAGAUGAUGAUGAUAGCGAUAAAUCAGAAAGUGAUGCUGAAGAUUCAGAUAAAGAAGAUAGUUCUGAAGAAAGUAGUUCCAGUAGUGAGAGUGAGGAUGAAUCUGAGGAGAGUGAUGUGGAUGUUGAGACUGACAAGGAGAAAACAGAAGAGAGGAUUACAUUACAAAAAGAAGGAAGUGAAGAUGAAGAAAUCACAGUUGAUGAGGAUAUGGAUGGCAAAGAUGAAGAAGAGGAUGAAAAGAUGGAGACAAAUGAAGAGGAAAAUGCAGCUAAGGUCAAGGAAAGUGAGGAGAGAAAGUUGACCCCUGUUCCGGAGGAAUUAGAAGAUGGUGAACUUGAGGAAGGUGAACUGGAUAGUGAAGCAGAAGACAGUGAAAAGACUGCACAUGUAGAAGAUGGCAUUAAGAAAAAGAAGAAGAAAGGCGUAUUUGAGUUUGUGGAUGACAUUCGCAAACGAAAAACUGAGACUCCAUCGAAGAAAAAGCGUGGUCGACCUCGAAAAUAUCCAAAUGAACCAAUAGUAAUUUAUCAAUCUCCCGUCCAAAGCGACGCUGAAAAUGAGGCUCCAAAAGACAGUACAUCACAAGAUGGCGAUCCAUUGGAUAUUUUAGCGACAGCAGCUGUUCAAGUAUCCAAUCAAAAAUUAGCAAUGGAAAAUGAACAUAAUUAUUUUGCAAAAGCCCCAGAAGAUCUCGAAGCAAAAAAAGCCAAAGAACGCGAGCAAGAAAGAGAGGAACAGACAGAUUCUGGCGAGGAAACUGAGUACCAGCAUGCAUUGUUACAAAUACAUGAAGAGCACUGUUAUUGUAAACCAGAAUUUCUCAAAAUGCAAAAAGCUCUACCACCAUUACCAGAACCUGUCGUACCACUCAUCAAACCAAAACGAAAAUACACAAAACGUCCAAAACUCAAUGAUAUCACAAAUAAAGGAAAUCGUGAACUCGCUGAUCUCCUUGACGCUGUUCCACCAGCGAAAAAACAAAAAGUGGACUUUAAAAAGCGCACAAUGCCAGAGGAGCAACAAAUUAAGUGGGAUAUUUUUGUGCGCGGAGUCGACCAAGAAGAUUUGGAAUUUAUGAAAAAGAGCCACGAUAUUAUGUUACAAUAUGCUGAAUCUAACCCCAUAUAUUAUUGGCUGUAUAACACACAUUGGGUGGACAGUAAACCAACUUAUAUCCCUGAUCCUAAACCAUCAAAACGAAGACGUAAACAUGAAGAUGUUCUGCCUCCAGUACAUAAAACAGGGAGUGCUAGGACAGAGGGCUACUACAAGAUGAAGAAAGAAGCCAUGUUCCAUAUUAAGACUGCCCGCCAAGCAGCUAAUAUUCUCCCAAGUGCCGAGGAGCAAGCUACAAGGCUACAGGAAUCAAGUGAUAAAUUGCGCAAAGCCAACCAGAUUUCCCGUGAAGCCAGACAAGAGCAAAGACGUCUGCUCACAUCAUUUGCUGAAUAUGAACUUGGCGAUUUGCUCAAAUUUAAUCAACUUAAGUUCCGUAAGAAACAGCUGAAGUUUGCUCGUAGUGGGAUUCACGACUGGGGUCUAUUCGCCAUGGAACCCAUUGCUGAGAAUGAGAUGGUCAUUGAGUAUGUUGGACAACAUAUACGUCAGUCAAUCGCAGAUCUGCGUGAGAAACGUUACGAGGCUUCUGGCAUCGGGAGUAGUUAUCUUUUCCGUGUGGAUCAUGAUACGGUGAUUGAUGCAACCAAGUGCGGGAAUCUGGCUCGAUUUAUAAACCACAGUUGUAAUCCAAACUGUUACGCAAAGAUUAUAACUAUGGAAAAUCUGAAAAAGAUUGUCAUCUACACAAAGGAAAAUAUUGGAGUCGAUGAAGAAGUGACUUAUGAUUAUAAAUUCCCACUAGAAGACGAGAAAAUUCCAUGCCUGUGUGGAGCACCAAACUGUAGAGGAACGCUGAAUUAGAUACAUCUUGUUUUGUAUUCAAGUGCGACACUCCCAGAAUUAUUGUCCAGUUGUGAAGUAAAGACAAGUCAAGUCACGGAGACACUAAAAUUAUCGGAAAGUUCUGGGUUAAAUUAUGGGAUAUUAUAUAAUGGACCAAUGCUAAUGUCAUAUCUUUGAUGCAGCUCUCUCCAAGCGCCACAAUGGCUCAAAGCUGAAGAUUAGCUAUAUGGAGUGUGUUGAGAUUUGAAAAAUUACAAUGUAAUCAUGGUAGGCAUAAUACAAAUACAGUGAAAUCUGUGAGGUGAAAAACCUCUGUUAGUGGAAC